CUGCAAUUCCUGCCCGAAAUCCCCCACAAUGAAAGUGAUCACCGCCAAUUUCGUGACAUGCGCCGUGAAGGAAUGCAAGACAUCACCAGCCUCGUUCCCAUUACAUUUCAACGAUGCCGAGCUAGAGCAACAGGAACUGGAUUUCCAGCCCGAAUUCAUCCGCAACGUCCUUCCCCGCAUUGACUGGGAAGCCCUGCGCACCAUUUCUAACGAGCUUGGUUUCCCGACUCUUCCGGACUCGAAGCCCGAGGGCGAGGCUCUUGACAACGAGCAGACAUUGAAAGACUUGCACCGGUUGCUACUUGAGACGCACGUCACGGAAGGGAAAUUGACCUGCGGGAACUGCGGUCAUUCAUAUAUGAUUAAGGAAGGAAUUGCGAACUUCCUUCUUCCAAGCCACCUUGGUGAGGAAUAUCAUCUUUUUCUGAACAACAUAAUCCCACAUGCGCUUUUCACCCAAAUUGCUUCGCAAAUCGAUACCCCAGGGCUAGGAACCGGUUUUUGAGAACCAGUCUCUCUUCCUUACCUUUUCUUUCUCUUCGAAAAAGGACCCUAUGCAGUGGCACCAGGGUUAUCAGAUAUCCGAGUCGAGUUCUUCUGGGAUUUGAUACAUCUACGCUCUCACAUUGCUUUCUAAGAGGACUUUGCUGCUCCAGGGCCAUGACUCGAAACGGAAAACAGGCGAAAUUCUUUUGGAAUUGGUAUAUUGUACAAGAGAGUCUGUAGUUUAUGAAAUCACGAUUGCCAUUGAUAAAUGCGUCAAUGCUCCCACGCUGAAAACGCCAGCCUGAUUCAACGCCACCCGGUAGAAGAGAGUCAACAAACCUCCC